AACCCUAUCCCUAAUGUUAGUACUCUUGAGAAAAUUUCUGAAAAAUAGUCAAGUAGUUGUAGGGAUUUUUAUUCGGAUUAAUCAGAUCAGUUUCAAGAAUAAUGCUGGGUGCAUUGCCAAUCUUGCCCCUUCCAGCAACUCCCUCAGAUGGGAAUCUUGGCUCUCUUCCCCUAUCUCAGCUGCAGGUUCAGUUGCAACCCACACAGGGACCAUUGGAAUCAUACAUCCUCCUCCAGACAUUAGAAACAUUGUUGACAAGACUGCACGGUUUGUUGCAAAAAAUGGUCCUGAAUUUGAGAAAAGAAUCAUGGCAAAGUUCAUUGUGAAGGAUCUGAAGUAUGCUGACUCUCAUGAGUGGGUGAAAAUUGAUGGGAAUUCUGCUAUUGUGGGCAUAACCGACCAUGCUCAAGAUCAUUAAGUGAUGUUGUGUAUGUUGAGUUACCUGAAGCAGGGGCUGCUGUAACCCAGGGCAGCAGUUUUGGUGCAGUUGAAAGCGUGAAGGCCACAAGUGAUAUAAACUCUCCUGUUUCUGGAAAAGUGGUUGAAGUUAAUGAAGAGCUUAACAGCUCACCCGGUUUGCUGAGUCCUCAAAUGCUUGGUUAGUGUUUGUGAUAUUGCUUUCAAAUGAAUUGUUGAUAUUGUUUUAUAAUGAAUUAUUGAUGUUUUGGUAUCAAUUUCUUUUGUUCUUUUAUUUUUCUUA